CUUCCCAUUCAGGACCACCCUGGGCAUGCACGUGGCCUCCACCCAGACUCUCGAACAUGGUCUCAUCUGCUGAUCUGUGGAAAUAGCCAGAGAAACAGCCGUCUAUUCAGUCAUCUUUGAAUUACCAACCAAGUCCCCGAGGGUUCAAUGUUGCUUACGCAGGGCCUUAACGUCCGACACUAACCCCCGGAGCCCUCCAAGGGCCCGGGCCGGUGCUGAUCUGCAUUGGUUUUGUCAGCUUUCAAGGAGAAUCUUUGUGAUGCUACCAUGCAGACCGACCUGAGAACAUAUAUAUAUAUAUAUAUAUACCUAGGGAGGUAUAGAGAUAAAUCACCGUGAGGAGUGGAGAAGACCGCAUUCAACCUUUGGAAUCAACAGUCCAUCAGUCACAGCGCAACCAGUCAGUAGUCUAUCGUCUUGUCAACAUAUUCAUCUGGACAUUCGCCUUUGUUGAACCCAGAGAGCCCUCAAAAUGCCUUCAACAUCACCUGUUGCUCUCAUUCUUGGCGCCGGUUCCAAUAUUGGACAGAAUGUUGGCCGGGCAUUUGCGGCCAAAGGCUAUAGGGUCGCUCUGGCAUCCAGGACCCUGAAGGAAGAAGACAGCAGCCCGUCACAGGUGCACAUUCGCGGCGACUUCACUGAUCCCGCUUCCAUACCUGAGAUCUUCGCCAAGGCGAGAGCACAACUCGACCACCCAUCGGUAGUGGUCUAUAAUGCCGCUUCAGCAACUCCUUACGAUGCGAAGAAUCCGCUGGGUUUGCCUUUGGAAGAUUUUAAUCGGGACCUCACCGUGAACACAACCAGCGCAUUCGUAGCGGCUCAACAAGCUGUGCUUGCCUUCGAGAAGUUGCCCGAGUCUGCGUCACGCACCUUCAUCUAUACGGGGAACUGUACCAACGUCAAGCCGAUCGUGGCUCUGAUGGACCUUGGCGUUGGCAAGUCAGCUACGGCCCACAUCAUUGAAUGUGCGGCAGAAGCAUAUAAACCUAAGGGUUACAAAUUCUACUAUGCCGAUGAAAGAAAUGGUGAUGGUUCGCCCGCAUACGGGGCCAGGGACGGACCAGCCCACGCAAAGCUUUACGUUGACCUUGCGGAGGGGGCCUUGCAGGGACCGUGGCAGCAGACAUUUGUCAAGGGGUCCGGAUACCAGAAGUUUUAGGCCCUCAUAGCCCAGAACGAAGCUAUAGAAAGCUUCGAACUACGCCUGAAUACCACUGCAAAGUCUUUGAA